CGGGCGGCGCGAGCCGGGACCCCCUCCCCCGCGCGGCGCGCCGCCGGCCCCACCAUGGAGCCCGCCGUGUCGCUGGCCGUGUGCGCGCUGCUCUUCCUGCUCUGGGUCCGCGUGAAGGGGCUGGAGUUCGUGCUCAUCCACCAGCGCUGGGUGUUCGUGUGCCUCUUCCUCCUGCCGCUCUCGCUCAUCUUCGACAUCUACUACUACGUGCGCGCCUGGGUGGUGUUCAAGCUCAGCAGCGCGCCUCGCCUGCACGGGCAGCGCGUGCGGGACAUCCAGAAGCAGGUACGGGAAUGGAAGGAGCAGGGCAGCAAGACCUUCAUGUGCACGGGGCGCCCCGGCUGGCUCACUGUCUCGCUGCGGGUUGGGAAGUACAAGAAGACACACAAAAACAUCAUGAUCAACUUGAUGGACAUUCUGGAGGUGGACACCAAGAAACAGAUCGUCCGUGUGGAGCCCUUGGUGACCAUGGGUCAGGUGACUGCCCUGCUGACCUCCAUUGGCUGGACCCUGCCUGUGUUGCCCGAGCUCGAUGAUCUCACAGUGGGGGGCUUGAUCAUGGGCACAGGCAUCGAGUCAUCAUCCCACAAGUACGGCCUGUUCCAACACAUCUGCACUGCCUAUGAGCUGGUCCUGGCUGAUGGCAGCUUUGUGCGGUGCACACCGUCGGAAAACUCAGACCUCUUCUACGCUGUGCCAUGGUCCUGUGGGACCCUGGGCUUCCUGGUGGCUGCCGAGAUCCGUAUCAUCCCCGCCAAGAAGUACGUCAAGCUGCGGUUUGAGCCAGUGCGGGGCCUGGAGGCUAUCUGCGACAAGUUCACCCGUGAGUCCCAGCGGCCGGAGAACCACUUUGUGGAAGGACUGCUCUACUCCCUGGAUGAGGCUGUCAUAAUGACGGGGGUCAUGACGGACGAUGCAGAGCCCAGCAAGCUGAAUAGCAUCGGCAAUUACUACAAGCCCUGGUUCUUCAAGCACGUGGAGAACUACCUGAAGACAAACCAAGAAGGCCUGGAGUACAUUCCCUUGAGACACUACUACCACCGCCACACGCGCAGCAUCUUCUGGGAGCUCCAGGACAUCAUCCCCUUUGGCAACAAUCCCGUCUUCCGCUACCUGUUUGGUUGGAUGGUACCUCCAAAGAUCUCCCUCCUGAAGCUGACCCAGGGCGAGACCCUGCGCAAGCUGUACGAGCAGCACCACGUGGUACAGGACAUGCUGGUGCCCAUGAAGUGCCUGUCGCAGGCAGUGCACACCUUCCACAACGAUAUCCAUGUCUACCCCAUCUGGCUGUGCCCAUUCAUCCUGCCCAGCCAGCCGGGCCUGGUGCACCCCAAGGGAGAUGAAGCAGAGCUCUAUGUGGACAUCGGAGCAUAUGGGGAGCCACGCGUGAAGCACUUUGAAGCCAGGUCCUGCAUGCGGCAGUUGGAGAAGUUUGUCCGUAGCGUGCACGGGUUCCAGAUGCUGUACGCCGACUGCUACAUGAGCCGGGAGGAGUUCUGGGAGAUGUUCGAUGGCUCCCUGUAUCACAGGCUGCGGGAGCGGCUCGGCUGCCAGGACGCCUUUCCCGAAGUGUACGACAAGAUCUGCAAGGCCGCCAGGCACUGAGCACAGCCCUGUCCUGAAAGAGACAGACAUGUGGGUGGGCCCUGUUCCCAGGUCCAGGAGGCAUCUUCUCUUCACUCAAGCUUGGCUGCUCUCCCAGAUCCAUGCUUCCAGAAAGAAACCCCUCCAGAAAUCCCACCCAGACUGCCCCCGAUGGCUCGCUCAGGCUCCCGGGAGCCGCCAAGUGGAGUACCAAGAACGUGGGCUCUGGAGUCAGACAUACCUGAGUCCAGUUCCCAGUUCAGCCACUCAUUAGCUGUGUGACUCUGGACAAGUCCCUCAGCCCCUCUGAACCCAGCUCUUCAUCUGUCGAAAGGGGGUGACAGUGCCUGCACGCAGACCAUUGUCAUCCAGGUCCAGCAGCAGUCUCCCUGCAGGCGCUGAAGUGUAGCUGUGGUCACUGUGGCUUCCCAUUCAGCACCGUGUCUGGCUGGAGAGCUUUGGAUUUGGUGCCGAGUCCAGGGGGGCUCCGUGUGAGGUCACCCUGGCCCAGGUCUGGCUGGAAGGGUGAAGGGGAUGCCCCAGAGUCGCAUUGCCAUUGAUUCAGUCUGCCAGAAGCACCCCCUCACAGAGAGAAGGAAGGAAACCUCCUGUCUAUCCCUAGGGUCUCGGGAGGGCAGCAGAUGGGGCAGGCAGGCCCGAGACGUGCUGUGCCAAAGCCAGGUCCCAGUCCAAAGUUCCCUCUGCUGUCCUUGGUAUUGACGCCCUGCCCCUUCCUCCUUCCUGCUCAGGCUUGCAAGCCCACCCCAGCCAUCACCCACAUCUCAGAGAGGGCCGCACCCUCAGAGAAGACAUUUGAAGGCUGGUUCCUGUCCCAGCCCAGGUGAAGUGGCUCCUGCUCUGAGCUUGGGUCCGGAGCACGUACCCCAUCCUUAGCCCCCCCAACCCUGCGACCCUUUGUGCCUCUUCUGGUCCCCUCAUCACAGUGGCGGUGCAUCUGUGCUCCUCUGUGGCAUGCAGUGGGAGGUUGGGGUGGUGGAGCCCACCAAGCAGGAAGGUGGAGGCUUGGUGUGGAUUCUCACUGAGGGGCCGAAAGGAAAGACCACAACUUGAUUUCUCCAGCCACUCCCCCUCCCUUUGUCCAACCCCACCCACAGCUGUAGUUAAUUUCAGUGCCUUACAAAUCCUCAGCUCAGAGAAAAUUAGCUCCAUCUCCCUUCCAGAAGGAAGGGAGUCUCCUAGGUCCUUCCCAGCUUGUUAAAGCUUGUUUGUUUAUGCAACUCCAUCUGAAGAAUGGCCCGGCCUCAGCUCAGGACCCAGCAUCUGAGGAGGAAGUGUGUCGUGUAGGGAGUUGGGAUUAAGUGAACUGUGCCAGGAGUGACAUUCUGAGAGAGAGAAAGAAAGCGAGAGAGAGCGCACUGCGCUAGGAGGCAGGAGCUGGCUUUCAGCCCUGCUGCCUUGUCAGCAAGCCGUGUGGUGUGGCCCUGGGCGAGUCAUUUGGCCCUCUGAGCUGCAGCAUCUCAUCUACCCGUUCAUUGCAACCAAGACCUUCCCCAGGCCCUUGUGCUGUGGGCCUGCAGCACCUGGGGAAGGUCAGACGAAACACUUGGCUUGUCUCCUGAGUAAGGCCCGAGGCUGGCUCUCAUGUCACUUUGAGAGGAGUGCGCCAGUGGCUUGCAGGGACAUGUCCAUCCUGUCACUGCAGAUUGCCAGAAACCUGAUGGAACCAGGCUGUCACUGGUGGAUGCCCAGCUGUCCCCCCCGUGGGCUCGACACACUGCAAAGUGUCCUAGCGUGGUCCUGUGAGUGCUGGGUGCUCAGAAGGCAAAGAAACACCCCUCCCCCCUCCUCCCCUCCCCCAUUUGGCCUCUGGAGGGGGCAUGAGAAAAAAAAUAAAGAGACCUCAUUCUCCAGCUUGUCUGCAGAGCACGUGAAUUCUGGCAUCAGUCCUCCUGGUGGGCUCCUGCACUUCCCACUCGACGCUAAACUGAUGAUCCUACUUAUUGUAGAGGAGUGGUUGGCCCGAGCAGGAGCACCCAGCAAAUAGGGCCCCGUCAUUCCGCCAGAGGGGCCUCCACCCUUAAACUAGUGGGAGGGCAGCCACAGAUGCUAGCAGCCUCUAUUGCCCUUAGUCCUAGAAAAACCAAAAUUGUGCCCUUCCCAGACCUCACCCGGAAACUGGGGCUUGGAAGGGAAGGUCUCGGGAUCACACCAGCCUCAGGUUGCUCCAGUUGCAUCGUGUCCUGGAAGGGGGCAGACUGCCGAGCAGGGUGGGCCCAACUACUGGCUUGUUCCUGUAGCCAGCCCCAUCCCUGUCCAUCCCUGUGGUGGUUUCAGGUGGAGUUAAACUUGGCACUGGGGUUAGUGUGUGUGUGGAAAAUAACAGGCUUUUCCCCUCCAGAGCCCCCAAGUUUCUAGGCUGCAUGAAGAUUUUCUGUAAAAUCAGAAUUGUAGCCAGUUUCUUUGGCUGCAUAAUUUAAUUAGCUAUUUCUGAAGGGGACGGGGGGAGAUGUGUGUGGCAGUGCAUGGUGUGUGAUUUUUAUGUUUCCCAUGGCCUUGGGGACCAAGGAGAGAGGCCUGAGUGUCCCCUAGCAGGCUCCUGCAGCUGCGGGAGCUGUGCCCACUGUCCACAACACUUCACAUCCCCGUGGCUGUGUGGCCGCUGCUGUAAAAAUAAAAGCGUGACCUGGAAACGA